AAGAAACUAAGAAACUUGAUCAGAAGCUUUCGCCUUUGACAGAUCUUAAUUUAUGUUCGUGUACUGUAAGAAAGCUGUAAAAUUUACAACAAAAAAUAUAACUGAAAAACAGAGACUUCAAUCUGAAAAAUCCUACCUGAACAAUUUUAUUAUCAUUAUUUUUGCAGAAGUUACAGCACGUUGCAUUUUAUCCGCUCACUCUUAUCCUGCUCUAUUAUUUCUUUUCAGUUUUAUUUGUCGUGUCGUCGCGUAUCGAUAUUUCGUGUAAUCGGAGCACCAACAACCACCCCGUAGCUGUCUAACGUGCGCAUGGUUUGUGACGUGCGAACGGUAUUUCUGUGUCGCGUAUGUUUAUGCUGUCCUCCCCCCUAAAAUAGACCCGGCAAAAUGGGCGAUAUAGCACGGCGAGCAUCUGAUCAUAUUUUAGAAAUCAUAUUCUCUUAUUUGGACCUACACACGCUGAGAAACUGCUCGCUAGUGUGCAAGAGGUGGUAUCAGUUCCUCAACGAUGAGAACAAUCACGUGUGGCGGAUGCACUGUAUUAGAAAAUUAGCCCAGGAGGCUCUUAGUUCGGAUUUGUUAUCGUCUGUGCCUACAUACAAGUCGAAGCUCCGUGCUUUUUAUCACGCGUGGAAUCCGAACGAUUGUUCGCGUAAUAUUUACAUCAAACCCAACGGAUUCACUCUACACAGAAAUCCCGUGGCGCAAAGCACAGACGCGUGUAGAGGUAAAAUAGGUUUUCGGCACGGACGACAUGCUUGGGAAGUUAUUUGGGAAGGACCGUUAGGAACAGUAGCUGUAAUAGGAAUUGCCACUAAGGAAGCACCUCUUUUGUGCCAUGGAUAUGUAGCAUUGCUCGGUUCUGAUGAACAUUCCUGGGGUUGGAAUCUUGUCGACAACCAUUUACUGCAUAAUGGAGAUCCGCAGGGAAAUUAUCCUCUGCUCAAUAAUGCUCCAAAAUAUCAGGUUGGAGAGAGAAUUAGGGUAAUCUUGGAUUGUGAUGAUAAUACGUUGUCAUUUGAGAAGAAUUAUGAGUUUCUAGGUGUAGCUUUUAGAGGAUUACCAGAUAAGAGAUUAUAUCCAUCUGUAUCUGCGGUUUAUGGAAAAACUGAAGUGUCUAUGGUAUACUUAGGACCACCAUUGGAUGGCUAACACAUUACAUUUUGAGAAACAUAUCCGCGAAAGUUAAGUAUCUUAAGUAAUUGCUUAUGAAUACAUUUCUCAGUAAUUUUUACCGAAAGACCUCUCGUUAGAUGAUGCCACGUUGUACAAAUAUUGCCAUAUUAUUCCCAGAUAAAAUUUGGGUAUCACCAGUCAUUUUCAGCAUACAUGUAUAUAUUAGUAAUAAAUUUGCCAUAUUUAAUACCCUUAUGCGGUAUUAUUUAUUAUUAUUUCAUACAGAGGAGGAUAAAGUUUGAUGUAUCACUUUUCUUAUUUUUAAAAACUUUAAUGUCAUAUUUCUUAUACAUGAAUUACAUUUUUAUAUUUUUCGUUUGCAUUUGUCUCUUUACAGUAUGUAUUUUAAACUCUAGGACACUCGUUACGAUUUUACAAUCUUUUGUUAUUUAUUGCUAAGUAAUGCGACAAUGAACACAUUGCAUUCUUCCGGAAUGCCCAUUUUAUUUUAUCGUUUUUUUUUAAUGUAACUAUGUAACAACAAUAUUGUGAAUGUGAAAACUUUUGUUGUUAAGGAAAUUAGGAAAUAUGAUAAAACGAGAAAAUCUUUCUCGUUUUUCUGUGAAGCUUAGUGUAUGGUUUGCUUUUGUCUCAUAUGAUUUAUUUAUACGUGUGCGUGCGUGUGUGUAUGUAUGCAAUUAUCUAUAUAGAUAUAGAAGGUUAAGUAGAAUUUUUACCGCGCGCGAUUAAUUGUAUUUCUUUUGUAUUACCAAUAACCAUACCAAAAAUGGCUUUCAGGAGUAAUUCUUCGCACGAUAGUAUACAGGGUGUCCCACUUAAAGUGUUCAUUGAGUAUAGCUAUGUUAUUUUUUGUACAAGAACAAAUAGCGUGAACAAGAGUUGUACAGCGUGGUAAAGUCAAAUAGUGACAGAACGUUGUUGUUCUGCAAAGCCUCUUUUAAUAGGCACGCUAAAAUCACUGAAAAUUAUUCGUCCUAAAGGUAAAACUGGAUCUUUUUUCUUUUUUUUAUACAGUUCUGUUUUAAACGAAGAAGUGAAUGCUCGAAUAUUCUUAAUGUACCAUCUCGAUUCAAGAGAAAUGUAAAAGGAAAAAUAUCCAGUAAUUAUUCAGCAUUUCCUGGUGAAAUGUAUCUUUCUCGUAUUUAAACAUUUAACGUCCUUACAUGUCGCAUCGGUGCGAUCUGACUUUGGCUCUUAUUCUGAACUCUUUUCUUUUUUAUCAAUAAAAGUACCUCUAAAUGUGACUUAUAAGCCUAUCAGUCCAUUCAAUAGCAUUUUUAUCGAUGAAAAUUCAGAAUAAGGGUCUUAAGCUCUGGAAUCAAUAUUCUAAAGUCUA